AUGGAUGGAUUUGUAAAAAAGCGUAAAUUAACGAAUGACGAUGAUGGUAAUGUAAAUGACAACAAUUUAAAUUUAGAAAUUAAUAUUAAACAAUCCACUUCAAUAAGUGAUGAAAGUUUAAAUUUAAAAGUUAAACGUAAAUAUACUGAUGGUUAUUUAUGUUUUGGAUUUACGUGGAAUGGCGAUACUGACUGUCCUUUACCUGUUUGUAUCGUUUGUAGUGAAAAGUUAAGCAAUGAAGCAAUGGUACCCAGUAAAUUGAAAAGGCAUUUAACAACAAAACAUCCGGGUGAGUCAUUAAAAACACGACUACAUUUUGAACGCCUCCUGAAUUCAAAUAAAAGAGCUGCAUCUUGUAUGAUAAAAAGAGUGACUAUAUCUGAUAAAGCUCUUGAAGCAUCAAUUAAAGUCGCAGAACUGGUUGCUAAAAAUAGGAACUCUCAUGUUAUUGGCGAAAAAUUAAUAGGACCUGCCUGCUUAGCUAUGGUUGAAACAAUGUUAGGUAAAGAAUCUAAAGAUGUUAUAUCCAAAGUCCCACUUUCCAACAAUACUAUUAGCCGCCGAAUAAAUGAAAUGGCUGAUGAUAUUAAUGACAUUGUUUUAGAAAAAAUUAAAAAUCAAAAAUUAUUUUCAUUACAAAUAGACGAGAGUACUGACAGAACUUCUAAAGCUCAAUUACUAGGUUUUGGCAGAUUUGUUGAUAAUUCUAAUAUUGUUGAGCAGUUUUUAUUUUGUAAAGAAUUAAAGUCAACAACAACAGGGAAGGACAUAUUUGACGUAGUAAAUAAUUUUUUUGAAAAAUCUGAAUUAUCAUGGAUUUAUUGUUGUGGUGUGUGCACUGUCUAUGACCGGGAAAUAUAA